UGAUCCGCGGGGUAUGUUUGAAAACGAAAAGAAUCGACUUGUUCUCUUGGAAUUGUUUCGCUCCGAGUUGAAACAUUGUAACAUUUGAACGCCUCUUCCUGGCAACGGAAUCGUCUGCGACUGUAGCGCGUGCUUCUAUCAGUGCUCUACAAAGGAAUAAGCUGGAACAAACAGUUGUUUAACUUUAUGCAAUUUUUAAACUCUCUGCGUUGGAUUGUAUUCUCUAGGCAUGGACGUGUCGGUGUAUUUAUGGGUUUUGUCGCUGUACACGUGUCUUGUGUAUGGGAAACCCACUAAUAGGAAAGAAAGGGUCCACCAUGAACCUGAAUUGAGCAGGCAACACCACGAAGAUAACCAGAGCUAUCAGUACGAUCACGAGGCCUUUUUGGGCAAAGAAGAGGCCACCACAUUUGAUCAACUCACCCCAGAGGAAAGCAAAGACAGAUUAGGGAAAAUAGUUGAUCGGAUUGACAGCAAUGGUAAUGAAUACAUCACUAUGGAUGAACUCAAGGCCUGGAUCAAGAGAGUACAGAAGCGUUAUGUCUAUGAGAACGUUGCAAAGGUCUGGUCCGACUACGACCUGAACAAGGACAACAAGAUCUCAUGGGAGGAAUAUAAGCACGCAACCUACGGUUACUAUCUGGCUAAUCCAGAAGAGUUUGAAGAUGCAACUGACCAGUUUAGCUUUAAGAAGAUGCUUCCACGAGAUGAGCGCAGGUUUAAGGCUGCAGAUCUAAAUGGCGACUUAGCCGCAGAGCGAGAUGAGUUCACUGCUUUCCUCCACCCAGAGGAGUUUGAUCACAUGAGGGAUAUUGUGGUCCUUGAAACUCUGGAGGACAUUGACAAGAAUGGAGAUGGGCAUGUAGAUGAGGACGAAUACAUUGCGGACAUGUUUGCUCAAGAAGAUACCGGUCCAGAACCAGACUGGGUUAGGACUGAGAGAGAUCAGUUUUCCGAUUUUAGAGAUCUGAAUAAAGAUGGUAAGAUGGACCUAGAGGAGGUUCGCCACUGGAUCCUGCCACAGGACUAUGACCAUGCACAGGCAGAGGCCAGACAUUUGGUGUACGAGUCAGACACAGACAAGGACCAGAUGCUUACCAAAGAAGAGAUUCUUGAGAACUGGAACAUGUUCGUAGGCAGCCAGGCCACCAACUACGGCGAAGACCUCACUAAGAACCAUGAUGAGCUAUGAGCCCAAGUAAAAGAUCUGGACCUCUACUGGACAUUGUGACCACAGGCAUCCUGACCUGGAACUCUAUUGCAACCAUUCUUUUCCUUGGGGGAAAAAAAAACCAGAAGCCAUGCCACUGAUUGACUGACCUAUUGCAGCUCUACCUCACAGAACAGACAUAGAGGAAUCAUUACUAUUGAGAGUCUGAAAUAUAAAUAGCCAUGGUCCCAAAUGCAUACUUACAGUUUUCUCCUGCACUCUAUGUCCUUUUUGUGGGAUGCCAAAGGACUAUUCUGGUCUAGACUGAAUGAGCUGCUACAGAUUUCUUCAGCUGAAGCUAAAAUUUUUUUUAGCAGUCAUUGGAUAAAGACUGUACUUGUACAAGUUGUUCCUAUUUUUGUCUGGUGACAUUCUAUUGUAACAAACAAGAACAUUCAAAUUCUAUUUAUUUAGGAUUAACGUCUUAAUUCUACAAUGCUGUUAUUGCUGCAAGUCAGUGUUAUACAGUUAUUAGGUGUGUUUAUAUGUGUAAUUUCACUACACUGUAGAAACAUCUUCACUGUAGGUAAUCAUAUACAUUUUCCCAGAGCUGGACAGUUAUGACUCUUACUUUUUUUUUUGACAUACCAUGCUUGAAACCCAGCUGCCUCAGAUGCUUCUUUUAAAGGGCUAGUUCACCCAAAAAUGUUAAUUCUCAUCAUUUACUCUCCAUCAUGAUUUUCCAGAUGGGUAUGACUUCAUUUCUUCACAAGAACACAUUUGAAAAUCUCAACUCAGUAGGUCCUUAAAAUGCAAGUGGAUGAUGAUUUGGCUUUUGAAGCUCAUAAAAAUGUAUAGAUAGUCAGCAUAAACGUCAUUCAUAUGAGUCCAGCUGUUGAAUUAAUGUCUUAUAAAGUGAUCACUUUUGGUGCAAUAAGAUCAAUAUCCAAGUACUUUUUUAACUCUAAAUCAUUGCUUCCAGUCAGCAGCGGUAAGCACAUGUGACGUGAGCGCGUUGGCACUUGAAACACAUGGAAGAGCAGUGCUGUUUACAACCAAGUAGGAUGAGAGCUGUAUAGAAGCAUUGUUGGAUUUGGUUUAGAAAUGUAUUUAUCUUUUUCUUUACUCACAAUGGUGCGUUUGUGUGCUUAUCCUGGAUGUCUCAGCUGAGAGUAGAACAUGACAUUUCGUUCAUAACAUGGCAGUGCGAAUUCAUCACACGAGAGACCGUGUGAUGAUCACCCUCUCGUGAAGUUUUCUGGAAGCAUUGGAUAAUAGUUAAAAAGUGCUUAAAUAUCUUUUUUCACACCAAAAGUGAUCGUAUCGCUUUAAAAGACAUUAAUUUAACCAGUAGAGUCGUAUGGAUAACGUUUUUGCAGACUGUGAUUUUUGGAGCUUCAAAAGUCAAAUCACCAUCCACUUGCAUUUUUGAGGACCUUCUGAGCUGUGAUGUUAUUCUAUUUUUCUUUUAAUGUGUUCUGAAAAAAUACAUUCAUACACGCCUGCGAUAUCAUGAUUGUGAGAAAAUUAAACAAUUUUCAUUUUUGGUGAACUAUCCCUUUAACUUUUUAUGUCUUUUGAAUUUUGCAUUUGUAGUUUAAUUUUGUCUAAUGUCUGGUAAAUUUCCAAAAAGAAAUGUUGAAUUUGGUUGGUGAUUAUGGAAGAUGUUUUACCCUUGUACUGAGCAGUUUCAACAUGAAAUAUCCCUAGUGUCUCUUCAAAAUCUGUUCAUUGCUGUACAUUUAUACAUUGCCAAAAUGUGGUCCUGUUUGUCUUCAAGUGUUCUAAAUCUGUAGCGGCUUGUACAUCCUGGGUUUUGAUCUUGAUCCUGGUGUCAGUUCUUAAUCUGAACCAAUAGCAGUGAUGCUCCUUUUAGGUUUCUUAUGUAUAGUACCUGAGAAACCAAGUCACUUUAACGUGAUAACCAUUGUGAAGUGUUGAGGAAUACAAAGCAUCUUUAUCUGCUGGCAUGAUUGUGAUGUUUGGUUCCAACCAAAGAAGCUACUCAGAUGAGGGUCUUAAAGAUUAGAGUAAUAAAAUGUCUUUAAUAAAUUGAUAGACUAGUCUUAGAUCAGAUGUUCAACAAUGACUCUGAUGAUACAAACUUUCCUAGUCUUUAUUUUUAUGUACUAAACUAAUACAGUACGGUAGAUCAUACCAUCAUUUUCCACUAAGGCUUUGUUUUUUCCUCCACAGAGGAUUGCAUUAGAAUAUUUUUGUUCUUUGUAAUUGUGGUUUUAAAUUCUGAAAUGCUUUUAUUUUAAUUUGAUGAAUUUAUGGAAUUAAAUGGCACCGUAUUGUGGUAAACCUGUAGGAGAAAAAGGAAGGAGGUGAAAUGGGGAUAUUUAAUUGUCUCCAACAAAACAUUUUCAUUUAAGCCAGUGUUCUGCUUCAGUUACUUAAGUCUUUCUUGUAAAAUUGUCACUUUUUUUUGUUUAUUGUAUGUUUUAUUGUAUGUUUUAUAUAUAUAUGGUAUGAAUCAGUCAGAUUUAAUUGUAAUAAAAGAAAAUGGAAUUCGGUUUAAAAAUAGAUUUCCACGCAUGCUUCGGGACUUCAGUGCUGCAGAUGGAGACUGGUGGUUAAUAGAAACUACUUUGACAUUUCUAAAUGGAGACUGAACAGUCAGACCUGUACCAAAUGUUAAGGUCCCAUUGCCACAUUGGAGUGUGUUCAUCGCAGUUGUUGACCAUUGCUAUUCAUUGGCCCCUUGCCUGAUGACCUCAUAAAUUGUUCUAAUUAAUUAAUUACACACUAAAGAUAACCAGAUACUGAUUAUGCGCCAAAUGUGUAAAUAUGCCAAACUAAAGCUGUUAUCUUUAUUUAGUAAGUUUUAUUUUUGUGUGUGAAUUUGGAUAUCUAGUAGGGAUUCACUUUAGAGUGAGACUGGUGUAGUGGUCGAUUAUUAUUUAUAUAUAUAUUUUGUUUUAAGUUAGAGAAGCUGAAAUUUAUAGUAAUGGAAAUAUUUUGUGCUGAAUGUGUUUUUAUAAUCUAAAACAAAACAAUAAUAAAAGUACCAAGACAACCCAGAAAUACAAUGUUCUC